AUGGAAUCGGUACUGAUCUGUCCCGUUCCCGAUUUCUCGAAUACCGAAUUUGAUCGAAAGUUAAUCCCGAGUACCGGUACCGGUACCGUGCGCUAUCAUUCUCUCCAUCAUCUUUCGUCGUCUUCGCCGAGAAAAGGGUUUGAUAUGUCAUCUCAAUUAACCCCUUCGAAGAGGGGCCUUGAUGAGGGUGAGGCCUCAGAAGCCAAUGGGAAAGGGAAGUUGCAGAAGUCAACUCAUAUUACUUCCCAAAAUACAUCAUUUAUUGUUUUUCGGGUGGUUUGUCCUGCUUCUAAAACUGAAAGUGUAAUUGGCAAAGAAGGCAACAAGAUACGUGGUGCAAAUGUGAGGGUUGAGGAACCGAUCCCUGGCUGCAAUGAGAGAGUAAUUGUGAUUGAAGGAUCUGAUGGAAUCUCAAACGAUCAGAAGAAGGAAGCUGAUGAUGCAGAAACACAUGAGGAAGAUUUGGGUUCUUGUGUGCAGAAGGGUCUGUUUUGUGUGUUUGAAAGAAUGGUGGAAGGGGAAGCAGAAACGAAUGAAGAAACAAUUGUUGUGAGGCUACUUGUAGUUUCUUCUCAAGUGGGCUGCCUUUUGGGAAAAUCUGGUGGUGUAAUCAAGCAAAUGGCUUCUGAAAGCGGGGCCCAAAUAAGGAUUCUUCCUAGGGAUAAACUUCCUGCAUGUGCAUCAUCUUCUGAUGAAUUGGUUCAGAUUUCUGGAGAAGUGAGUGCAGUUAGGAAAGCGCUUGAAUCUGUUUCACAGCAGCUUCUGGAUCAUCCAGGUCGAGCUUGGGAGAAGAGUGAUUCUUUGCCUGCCAACAAUGUGAAUGCGAGUAAUAGCAAUAUUUGCGAGCAAGACCCGCAUCCACAACAUCAUCCAAAUGGACGAGGAGCAGGGCAUCGUGAGGGAGGGCGUUUUGGUCCUUUCACAGACAUGCUAACCUACCGUUUGAUAUGCCCUGAUGAGAAGGUGGGAGGUGUAAUUGGAAAAGGAGGGGCUACCGUGAAGGCACUUAAGCACGAGACUGGAUGUGACAUUAAAGUCCUUGAGAGAAGUGUUGGGUCAGAUGACCGCAUCAUUGUCAUAUCUGGACCAGCGGUCCCAGAUGAGCGGAUAUGUGCUCCCCAAGAUGCGGUUCUUCGUGUACAGACAAGGAUAUUUAGGGCUGCACCUGAGACCAAGCCAGUGACAGCAAAAGUCAUAGUGUCUGCACAUCAGAUUGGAUGUAUCCUUGGAAAGGGUGGUGCAGUUAUAUCUGAAAUGAGAAACUCUACUGGGGCUUUUAUUCGUAUUUUAGGAAAGGAUCAAACUCCACAGUAUGCUGCUGAAAAUGAAGAAGUAGUACAGAUAAAUGGUGAGUUUGAUGCAGUUCAGGAGGCGCUUUUUCAAAUAACCACAGCCUUGCGGAAUCAUUACUUUCGGGAUGCAUUUCCCUCCAUGAAUCAUCCUCCAAAUCCUGAUCAUGGCCCACCCUUUCCAUCAUCAUACAUGGGAAUGGGAAUGGGAAUGGGAAUGGGAAUGGGAAUGGGGAGGUACUCCACCUCCUCUUUCAACCGCUUUGAUGAUCGUCCUCCCCCUCCAUAUAUGCAUGAUCAACCAGGGUUCUCCCACCCCCACCAACCAUGGGCUCCUCAGGGUAUUGAAGGUGGACCUAUUGGCUUUUCUGAAUAUGGAGGAGCGGGAGCAGGAGCCCCCCAAAGGAGAAUGGGUGGAUUUGGAGGAGGAAGCCACCAAGCUAUUAUUACAAACACUACUGUGGAAGUGAUUGUCCCACGCAACGUUGUUCCUUGUAUAUAUGGAGAGGAUGGUGGAUGUCUGAAACAAAUUCGUGAGAUUUCUGAUGCUCGGAUUACAAUUACUGAUCCAAAACCCGGAGAAAAAGAAACUCUCAUCAUAAUAUCCGGUACACCUGAGCAGGCUCAUGCCGCACAGAGUCUUAUUCAAGCUUUUGUGAUUAGCGAGACCCAAGUUUCAGUUUCUUGACCAUUCUUUUUUUAUUUUUUCAUAUUUCAGUACCCACCAAGGUUUGAAAUUCAGUUUUGUUUGUCAUUUUGUAUUUAUCAACUUCUCAAACUUUUCAUACCUUACUAAUUUAUAUUUUCUUAGUUAUUAUUAUUCUUAGGCUAUGUUUGGCAUCACAGAUUUAAACUUAUUUUUCUCAUGUUUCACAAAUCAACAAGUACCUUAUAAGUUUUUUUAGACUAG